AUGAUAUUCAAGGCUAUCUUCGUUGUUACGUGCCUGGCAGUUGUGAACGGUGCCGUCAUAGACACCUCGGCGACAUCGCUCCCCCCGCUUUCCAUCAGCCCAUUCGUUCCGAAAACACCAGCACCGAUCUACGAAGAAACAGAUGCCAAUCAGAAUGGAGAUAAGACUAAGAGAACUCCGCUCUUGAACGAAAAGUUAACCCAGAUAGCAAACAACGGAGCUUUCCUCACUCAAACUUAUCCCGCUGUUUUCUCUUCCUCGCUCCAUGCUCCAGUUUACUAUCCUUCAACAUAUUCUGUCUCUCCUGUGUUGACGAAUACGGUUUCAGCACCUGUAUAUACGCAUGGACAUGGGGUUCCUAUUUUGACCAAGACCUACUCCCCAGUUUUGAGCAAGGCGGCUGAAAUCUCAACUUUCUCUCAUGCUCCUAUCCAAAACCACGCUACAAUAACCUAUUCUGAUGCUCCUCUAGUAUCUCAUAUGACAUUUAACGGCCUGGGAACUAAUUAUGCCUGGUAA